AUGAGCGACAUGUUGACCAAAAUAGUUGUGGAGGCGGCUAGCAAUUAUUAUAGCCUAGAGGAAAAUAUGAAAAAUCUUAAGAGGAAAAUUGAGUUGCUCAAUAUUCAACAAGCUGAUGUGGUUGCUAUGUUAAGAGAAGCAGAACUCCAUCCAAAGAAAAAGCGAAAAGGAGAAGUCCAGUUUUGGUUGAGAAAUGUAGAAAAAAAGCAAGAGGAAUUUGAAUGCUUGGAACAAAAAGUGAAUGAAAGUAGAUUUUAUUCACGUGUACAGUUGGCAAAACGUGUUGAUAAAAUGAAUGAGGAAGUGGUAGAACUUGUUGAUCGAGGUACAUUUCCAGAGGGAAUCGUAUUUGAGGUUAAUGAGACAUUAGAUGAGCAAUUUGUAACGGUAGAAUGGAAGCAUCAAGCAUUUGAAAAAAAUAUUGGGACAAUUUCGUCUUGGUUGAUGAGCGAUGAGGUUUCAACUAUUGGCAUUUAUGGUAUGGGAGGAGUUGGGAAAACAACUCUGGCCCAAUGUAUCUAUAAUAAGCUAAAGAAUGAAACUGUGUUCCACGCUAAUGUUUUUUGGUUUACUGUCUCACNGUCAUGA